GAAUCCCAAUCGCUUCGUUUUCUUCUCUCUCAGAACACUUUUUCUUCCACUUUCUCUCCAUCCAAACUCCAAAAUCAGAGAUCGAAAUCGUCGUCCAUGGCAACUUUGCGAGCAGUUUCCAACUCUGUGCGAUUAUCCUGCGCGAGUCCGACUAAUUCCUCUGUUAAUCGGCCUGUUUCCGUCAAGCUUCCUGGUCAAUUGUUCACUCAGAGCUCCAAGCUCUUCUCCGCCCCGAAGAAGAAUCUGAGUUUCUCCACAUCUGGAAGAUCGUUCUCUUGCCGUAGUCAGGGCAGUGCCUCUGAUUCUCCUAAUCCGAGUAAAGUUCAGGAACUAUAUGUUUAUGAAAUCAACGAGAGAGAUCGUCAAAGUCCUGCAUAUCUUAGGUUAAGCCAGAAGAAUACGAAUGCGCUUGGCGAUCUGGUUCCCUUUACGAACAAACUAUACACCGGAGACCUACAAAAACGGGUAGGGAUAACGGCAGGGUUAUGCAUAUUGGUGCAAAACAAACCGGAGAUGAAAGGUGACCAUUACGAGGCCAUCUACAGCUUUUACUUUGGGGAUUACGGUCACAUAGCGGUGCAGGGGCCUUACCUCACCUAUGAGGACACGUACCUGGCUGUGACUGGUGGGUCAGGGAUUUUCGAAGGUGUGAGGGGUCAGGUUAAGCUGCAGCAGAUCAUAUUCCCUUUCAAACUCUUCUAUACCUUCUACUUGAGGGACAUUGGGGACUUGCCGGCCGAACUUGUUGUAAAGCCCACCGAGCCCAGCCCAGCUGCUGAGCCCACCGCAAAUGCCAAGGCUUGCCACCCUCAUGCCACCAUCUCUGGUUUCACCGACUAGGGUUGGGUUACUGAAUCGAACCCGGUCAGCUUGGGUGGUGGUUUCCUUUGUCUAUUUUGUAAACCAAUCUUUUUUUUUUCUUAGUUCCACGGCAUAUAGGAUCGGAGAUCCUCGGACCUCUUAAUCUGUUGAAUUAUGGUCGUUGAUAAUCAUACACUCGUGUUUUAAUGCUCUCGUGGUUUUCAAAAUCAAGAAAUCAUACCCUUCCCAUCGACUUUGUUGGAGCACAAAGGUGUGAUUUGUAAUGUUGUAGACUAUCGAGAGUGUUCAAUAUAGAGGUUGUAAUUUAUAAUUGCCCUUUUAUUUAGAGUCUAAUAAAGCCCUUCGGUUUAAUUUUA